AGAUCAUUUAAACAACUGAUAUUUAAUUAAAGAUUUUUAAUGGCAUCCAAAAAUUCGAAUUCUAGAUAGACUGUCGUCGAGAUUACAGAAAGAUUCUCUUCGCUCACCGCAGGAAAAAAUGGCUGAAAAGAUUAAACUCCCUGAGCCAGUUACUUCCUUCGAGUACAUGCUUUUCGAAGGAGAUCCCGACCACUUAACACCAGUCGUUGCUACACCUACGCAGAUCUCACCGUGGAUUGAACCUUCCGAUUUGAAACUAAAGCACAGAAUCGGACGUGGCGUUUUCGGCGAUGUUUGGUUAGCUACUCAUCAUCAGUCUGCUCGUGAUUUUGAGGAGCAUCAUGAAGUUGCUGUUAAACUGUUGCAUCCAUUAAAAGAGGAGCUAACGCAAAUAUUUGUAGAUAAGUUUGAGAAGUUAUUUUUUAAGUUGAGAGAAUGUUUAGGUGUUGGUUGGUUGUAUGGUGUUUCGAUUAUUAAUGGACAGAUAUGUAUUGCUAUGAAAUUUUAUGAGGGUUCAGUUGCUGAUAGAAUAGGUUUAGUGAAAGGAGGCAAGCUUCAAUUAUCAGAUGUUUUGAGGUAUGGGAUAGAUUUGGCAAAAGGAAUACAAGAGCUGCACUCAAUUGGCUUGCUGGUGUUAAACAUUAAACCUUCCAACUUUCUUCUUAAUGAGCAGGAUCAUGCAGUUCUUGGAGAUUUUGGUAUGCCUUUUCUGCUACACAGGAUUCCCUUGCGGAAUUCGGAGAUGGCUUUAAGACUUGGCACGCCAAAUUACAUGGCUCCGGAACAGUGGGAACCGGAAGUACGUGGUCCUAUAUCGGUUGAGACAGAUUCUUGGGGAUUUGGAUGUAGCAUAGUGGAGAUGUUGACUGGUGUCCAGCCUUUUUUUGGGAAAUCCAUUCAAGAAAUAUAUCAGUCAGUUGUGAUCAAGCAAGAAAAACCGCAUAUUCCGAAUGGCCUUCCUCCUGCAGUUGAAAAUGUCAUUCAUGGAUGCUUCCAGUAUGAUCUCCGAAACCGUCCUGUCAUGGAAGAUAUUUUGUUAGCAUUUCAAAGCUCACUGAACGCUCUUUCUAGCGAUGGAGGAUGGGAUGAUCUGGAAAGCAGAGGCCUUGCUGGAAAAUCAAUUGGUGGCUAUACUGCUUGGUACCUCUCGAAGGACCAUCUCCAAGUGGGCGACACCAUUCGUUCUAGAAAAUCUCUGAAAGCAAGUAAACAUCAAAACAUAAAUGUUCCUAAAGGAAUUGUAGUUGGUCCAGAAAAUGAUACUGAUAAAAGUGGUUAUGUGCUCGUGAACGUUUCUGGAAUGCAGAAUUCUUUGAGAGUACAAGAGUCAACACUAGAAAGGGUAACAUUUGGUUUUGCAGCAGGAGAUUGGGUGCGCCUCAAGGAAGAACAAAGCGGACAUUCUCUUGUGGGAAUUCUACACUCAGUGCAGCGUGAUGGAAGUGUUUCAGUCGGAUUUGUAGGGUUAGAGACUCUGUGGAUGGGCAGCUAUUCUGAUAUUCAAAAGGUUAAAGGUUAUCGUGUGGGACAAUUCGUAAGGCUGAAGACCAAUGUUGUUACUCCCCGAUUUGAAUGGCCUCGUAAAAGAGGAGGAUGGGCUACUGGGAGGAUUUCACAGGUUCUGCCAAACGGUUGUCUUCUUGUGGGUUUCCCUGGGAGGUUUGUGUUUGGCGAUGAAUCCAACAGCUUCCUAGCAGAUCCAGCUGAAGCGGAACUAGUUUCUUUUGAUACUUGUCCUGGAGUCGUGGACAAAUAUCAUCUCAUCGAGGAUUUUCACUGGGCCGUAAGGCCCCUCACAAUUGCAUUGGGUUUAUUUACUGCCACGAAGCUUACUCUAUCUGUCGGACGAACAGUAAGCACGAAACUGAGGAAGUGCCGAAAAUCAGGUGACGGCAAUAAUCAGGACCGCCGGAGUGGUGAUGCAAAUUGGAUACCACCACCAGUAGCAAACAUCCUUUUUAAAGAAGGUGCAGCCGCAGUCUCUGCCAGGUAACGUGUCAGCCAUGGAUAAGUUUCAUAGCCUGUGAACCGGAGAAGAUUAGUGUAUAUCUUUGUAUAGAAUGAUGUUUAUACGGAUGCAUUGGUUCCAGUGCCAAUACUGUAUAGCUUGGAAAUAAAUGUAUUAAUCAUGUAUAGAUAUAAACUUUGAUGUAUAUAUAUGCAGCAUAUACUUAAUGA